AUGUCAACAGAGAAGAUUCCGCCGGCUCUGGUACCCCCUAUUAAAUUUUCAAAGAUCGAACCCAGUCUUUCAAGAGGAGCGUAUCCAAGACCCAUAAACUAUCCAUAUUUGGAAACGUUACACUUGAAAACAAUGAUUGCCCUCGUACCAUAUCCAAUCACCAUGGAAACAGACUCCUCCCUUACCCAAUUCUGUAUUCAGCACAAUAUAGAUCUCGUUCAUAUCGCAACAGACAAAAAUGCAAAGGAUAAGGGUAAAAAUAGAGACGUGCCUAUAGAUCACAACCAGGUACUUCAAGUUCUCCAGAUCCUCAUCUGUGCGGAAAACAAUCCAAUCUUCAUCUUUUGCAAUAAUGGAGGACAAGUGUCUUCAUUGGUGGUGGCAUGUCUACGCAGAAUCCAGCUUUGGAGUUCCGUGUCCAUCUACAACGAGUUUGUAAACUUUAGUACAACAAUUAAUCAUAACGAUCGAGCAUUUAUAGAGAAUUUCAAGGCCGAGAUCAAGUUCCCUAAAAAGAAUGAAAGGGUCAGCUGGCUUUGGAAUGGUCUCAGCAGAAAUAUAACAGAGAAACACCCUCAUCUACGUUUUGCCACUUUCCCCGAUGAGUGA